AUGAGGUCAGUGAGGACGCUCCUCUGCCCAGGCCGUUCGCUCCCCUUGCUAGUCCUGCCCGUGCUCCUGGUUGACUCUCUUGGCAAGGAUUUAAUUUUUCACCCCGAGUGGGGCUUUGACUCCUAUGAAAUCACCGUCCCCAAGAAGCUGAGCUUCCAUGGAGGGGAGCAGGGUGUGGCCAAGCACGUGUCCUACCUCCUGCAGGUAAAAGGCAAGAACCACGUCCUCCACCUGUGGCCCAAGAGGUUUCUAUUGCCCCGGAAUCUGCAGGUUUUCUCCUUCACAGAACAGGAGAGGCUCUUGGAGGAUCACCCUUAUAUACCCAGCGACUGCAACCAUAUGGGCUUGGUUGAAGGAAAUCAGGAUUCUAAAGCUACUUUAAGUACAUGCAUGGGGGGUCUCCGAGGCAUACUGAAAGUCAAUGCCAACCAUUACCAAAUCGAGCCCCUCAGAGCCUCUUCCAAUUUUGAACAUGUCAUAUAUCUCCUAAAGAAAGAGGAGGAAUUUCCCAAUCAGAUCUGUGGCUCAACUAAUGAUGAAACAGUAGAGCAGUUGGCCGAGCAUGAGAACAGGGCUAGGAUACAUGACUUUAGUGAGGCAUAUAUGCACCAAAAGUACUUGGAAUUAGCCCUGGUCUUUGAUAACAGUAGGUAUUUAUAUUUGAACUCCAAACUUACUCAAGUCAUAAAUGAUGCCAUUCUUCUGACUGCAAUUGCAGACUCUUACUUUCAAGAUGUCCGUACGAGAAUACAACUAUUAGCUAUGGAAGUAUGGACAGACAGAGACAAAAUAGCACUUAAUGCCCCAGUGAUAUCACAAGUUUUAGGCCAGUUUGUGCAAUACAGAUCACGUGACCUGAGUCGUCGGAUUCCAGCAGAUCGGGCACACCUAUACCUUAAAAAACAGUUUAGUGGGGCUUCCCUGUUUAGUGAUGCGCUUUCACAGCACUGGGGAAGUGUAUGUAGUACAUUGCCUUCUGGAUCUACACGUUCUAUUCUAGAUAAAAAUAUCCUUGGACCUGCCAGUUGGACGACUCAUGCUCUGGGCCAUAGUGUGGGAAUGAUCCACGAUUACAAAUACUGCCAAUGUAAGGGUAGGCAUAGUUGCAUCAUGGGCACUGGAUGAACUGGGUUUAGUAAUUGUAGUUAUGCCGAAUUUUAUUCGCAGGUAAGUUCAGGAUUAAACUGUCUAACGGAUAUCCCAGGAUUAGGUUAUGUGGUAAAGAGAUGUGGAAACAAAAUUGUGGAAGAGAAUGAGGAAUGUGAUUGUGGUUCAAGAGAGGACUGUAAAGAAGACCCAUGUUGUCAGCCAGAUUGUAAAUUCAAAGAAGGUGCCUGUAGCACUGGACGUUGCUGUCAUAACUGUCAAUUUCGUCCAUCUGGAUAUACGUGUCAGGGGGAAGAAAAUGAAUGUGACCUUGCAGAGCACUGCAGUGGGACCUCAGCAUUCUGCCCAAGUGACGCAUAUAAGCAGGAUGGAACUCCGUGCAAGUACAGAGCCCGUUGUGUCAGAAAGGGCUGCCAAUCCAGAACUGUGCAGUGUCCAAAUAUUUUUGGAGCUGAUGCCAUGGGGGCUCCUCUUCAAUGCUACAAUGCAGUUAAUGUAAUAGGUGACCAAUAUGGGAACUGUGGUAUUUUAGGAGUUCGUCAGUAUGAGAAGUGUCCCAGAGAAAAGGCAUUAUGUGGCAGGCUACAGUGUAUAAAUGUCGAAACCAUCCCUGAUAUGCAAGAUCAUACUAUUCUAAUUUCCACUCACCUGCAUGAAGAAAAUCUCAUGUGCUGGGGCACUGGCUAUCAUCUAGCCAUGGUACCUAUGGGGUUACCUGACCUGGAUGUGAUAAGUGAUGGUACCUUCUGUGGUAAGGAGCGGAUAUGUUUUAAUAGAAAUUGUGUGAAUAGCUCAGUCCUGAAUUUUGACUGUUUGCCUGAGAAUUGCAACGGCCGAGGCAUUUGCAACAGUAACAAAAACUGCCACUGCAUGUAUGUCUGGGCCCCUCCAUUCUGUGAGGAGUGGGGGUAUGGAGGGAGCGUUGACAGUGGGCCUCCAGGACCCCUAAAGAGGGAGGUGCCCGCCUCACUUCAGGUCGUGUCCAUUAUGUUAAUGCGCCUGAUUUUCUUAAUUAUCUCAGUGAUUGUUGUGCUUUUCAGGAAAAUCAUAGGAAGUUAUAAAUCCAAAGAGAAAGAAACACCACCAAUUAACACUGGAGCAGAACAAUUCAAGACCAAAAUGAUCAAGAAACCAAAAAAGCAAUCAGGCAAUCCACUGUCACUCUAUUACACAGGGUCAUAA